AUGGCAGGCAUUAAUGUAAGCACAGUAGAUGCUUUUAUUUUUCAGUCCUUUAUAAAAGUGGAACUGGAUGGAGGGAGUAUCACAAAGUUGCUGGUAGCAAUAGUGCUAACUCUGUUAUUUGUACAUGUAAACUGUGUGAUGCUCUAUGCUCUUAUGAGUAAGCGUGUUUUUAAAGAAUCCCCACGCUACAUUCUCUUUGCCCACAUGCUUUUCAAUGACUCUGUAAAUCUCAUUCUGACUUCUUUAUUGUUUCUCUUGGCUUUUGCCUUCCUCAAGCUGGCCAAAGCUGUCUGUUCACUCCUUGUUUUUCUCUCUACUGCAACAUUCCGCAAUGCACCUUUAAACUUGGCUUUGAUGUCACUGGAGCGUUAUGUGGCCAUAUGCUUUCCUUUAAGACACGCUGAAAUAGCCACUCAGAAAAGGACUUGGGUUGCCAUCAGCUUUAUUUGGUUUUUUGGCUCUGUGAACAUUUUGAGUGACAUAAUUUUUGCAGCAAUGAUGGAUCCUAACUUCUUCUAUGUACAGAUGCAUUGUACUCGUGAGCAGAUCUUCAUGAAACCAUGGCAACUUGAUGUGUACAAUGGCUUCAAUGCAUUUUACUUUGUGUCAGUGACAGUCAUCAUCAUCUUCACCUACAUCAGCAUUAUGAUCACAGCCAGAUCCAUGUCCUUCAAUAAAGACUCUGCUAAGAAAGCUCACAGGACUGUACUGCUGCACCUCAUUCAGCUGGGCCUGUGUCUCACCUCUUUCCUGUAUGGCACGCUUGAGAGAACACUUGUAAUGACAAGUAAUAGCAACUUUCUUUUUCUACAUCUGCGCUAUCUGAACUACAUAUUUGUCCUGAUCCUGCCCCGUUGCCUGAGCCCCCUCAUUUACGGGCUGAGAGACGAGGCUGUGCGAACCUUAUUCACAUACUACUUCUGUCAUUGCUCAAGAAAGUUCCACACUACUGUGGAUGUGUAG